GAGAGGGCUUCUUGUCCACUGUCCACCCUCCAGUUCCCACCGCGGCUUCUCCCAGCGGCCUCUCCGCAGGCUAUGCAGAGCGUACCUGAUCAUUGCUACAGCAUGGACUCGAGCCCAGCUGGCACCCCCAGUCCACAGCUCCCAAGGGCCAAUGGGAAUAUCAACCUGGGGCCUUCUGCCAACCCAAAUGCCCGGCCCACAGACUUUGACUUCCUCAAAGUCAUUGGCAAAGGAAACUAUGGGAAGGUCCUACUGGCCAAGCACAAGUCCGACGGGAUGUUCUACGCAGUGAAGGUGCUACAGAAAAAGUCCAUCUUAAAGAAGAAAGAGCAGAGCCACAUCAUGGCGGAGCGCAGCGUGCUCCUGAAGAACGUGCGCCACCCCUUCCUCGUGGGCCUGCGCUACUCCUUCCAGACCCCCGAGAAGCUCUACUUCGUGCUGGACUAUGUCAACGGGGGAGAGCUCUUCUUCCACCUGCAGCGGGAGCGCCGGUUCCUAGAGCCCCGGGCCCGGUUCUACGCCGCCGAGGUGGCCAGCGCCAUUGGCUACCUGCACUCCCUCAACAUCAUUUACAGGGACCUGAAACCAGAAAACAUUCUCUUGGACGGCCAGGGACACGUGGUGCUGACAGACUUUGGCCUCUGCAAGGAGGGUGUAGAACCCGAGGAGACCACAUCCACGUUUUGUGGUACCCCCGAGUACUUGGCUCCAGAAGUGCUCCGUAAGGAGCCUUACGAUCGGGCAGUGGAUUGGUGGUGCUUGGGAGCGGUGCUGUACGAGAUGCUACACGGCCUGCCGCCCUUCUACAGCCAAGAUGUGUCACAGAUGUACGAGAACAUUCUGCACCAGCCGCUACGGAUUCCCGGGGGCCGGACGGUGGCUGCCUGCGACCUCCUGCAAGCCCUGCUCCACAAAGACCAGAGGCAGCGGCUGGGCUCCAAAACAGACUUUCUUGAGAUAAAGAGCCAUGUAUUCUUCAGCCCCAUAAACUGGGAUGACUUGUACCACAAGAGGCUGACUCCACCCUUCAACCCAAAUGUGGCAGGACCUGCUGACUUGAAACACUUUGACCCAGAGUUCACGCAGGAAGCUGUGUCAAAGUCCAUUGGCUGCACUCCUGACACCAUGGCGAGCAGCUCUGGGGCCUCGAGUGCCUUCCUGGGGUUCUCCUAUGCGCCGGAGGAUGAUGCCAUCUUGGAUUGCUAGAAGAGAAGCUCCCGUAACACCACCAAAGCCAGCUUGAAAUCUCGCCCUGCCCCAGGAAUUAUGGAGGAUGAAGCUGGAAGACCAUGGGAAACACACCGAUGACACCACAAUGACCUACUGGGGAUCAAAUCUGGGUGAAGGAAAACUAGUUACCCUUUGACAUGUGCUGAGAAUUCUGAAAGAAACAUUCUGAUUUGAUUUCCAUCUUAAUAGUGUCUGCUAAGAGACAAGUGUGGAACAUGAUGAGAGGCCAAAAUUCCCCCAACUUCCCAGAGCAAAAAGCGAGAGUACUAAGCAUCAGAAAUGGAAAUAGUACUGUCAGAGUACACAACUUGCUAUGAGUUGUGAAACACGCAAAGGUUCUAUCUGUUCUAAGACUGUAAAACCACAAAAUGUUCACCAGGAGAAAAAAUAAAAAAGAAAAAUUAUGAAUAUUCAUUAAAAAUGAAUAUCUGUUUAAUAUCAGAUUUGUUCACACCUGUUUAUUGAGCACAUUUAGAGCUUCAUAUGCAUUAUCAACCAUAUGUAUUACGCCAGCAUUUAGAAAUUAUUAAUCUUACUUUACAGAUAAACACUUACUCAGAGAUAGCAAGGUCACCUAGCUGUACAAGGCACAGCCAGGAA